AUGGCCCGACGGGAGGAGUUCUUUUAUGAUGCUAGCGAUGAAUACCCAGCAUACGAUGAGUGCGAAUUUCCCAAAUAUCCCCGACGGCCUCAUUCGAAACGUGGACAUUACUUCAUAUGGGCUGCCAUAUGGUUAUGCUUGAUCGCUCUCGCCGGUUUUCACAUAACUUCGCUCGUUAUUGCCAUCUUGGGCGUAACCACAGACAACGACGGGUUCGAUACUGGCGCCCCGGGAUACACGUUAUAUAAGAAUACGCGCUUCGAGAGUUGUUUCAACAAGCCGCCAGAGCCUUACUAUAACUGCACGAGUGUAUAUGAGGACUUUAAAAACCUGGAACAGGCAGUUUUCAAGCAGUUCCAAUACCAUGGGAUCGGUGUUUUAGCUACCGCUGAGCACAUUCCGGUGUACAACGAUACCGAGGGGACCUGGUGUGAAGCACUGAGCUGCUUUAACAACUUCAAGGUCGUUCCAUCGAAACCGCGUGAGUCGGCUCUUUGGCAAGUCACCAUCGCCGAUUGGAUAUCGGCUGCUGGAACGCUGCUCGUCGCUGUGUGGCACACUCGAACCGUGUACAAGGCAUCUGCGGGCUCGGGACCUGAAUGUGGGAGACUAGCUUGGGAUGACUGGCUUGGUACCAUCUAUGAUGCGGCCUCUCUGGUCUGGUGGUGGGUCGGAUUUGGCUGGUGGAGUGCGGACCAGACACGAUAUCCUCGCCCCUCGGUACUUGGGUGGAUAUCGCCAUGGAAGUAUAGCGACUUGCUGGCAUAUCACCCUUUUGUCUGCGGUAUACCUCUUUUGAGAAACCGACCGACGGCUUUGCGCUUCACGCGGUGGAUACUGCGCGUGAUCGCAGCUGUGCAAUGGCUAGUAGGGGCCCAUAUUUUCAGCUCUCUACAUGCCGACAGCUCUGGACACCCGGUAUAUGACUGCCUCGCCUCUCAGAUCCAAGAAGCCCCGGGAUUCACCUCAUGCACUGCCCAACAAAUCUGCUCAAAGGACUGGCUGUUCCACUCUCCCAGGUUCAUCUGGGCAGCUGGAGGAGGUAUAGCCGUCGAAGGGCUCCUCGCAGCCUUUCUCACCUGCACCUUGGUCGCAAUAAUACCGCCGCUCCUGAUACCCAUAUGCAUGAUCACCUCGAACGUAUUGAGCUCCGAGUACAGGAGCCUCAGCUACUGGAAGAAGUUAUACCACGAGUAUCAUCCUGGCGCACCGGUGGCUGCGGCGGUGGGAUCGAUCUGCGUUAUUGUAAUGGCUGUAUUGUCCAUCAAGGAUAUAAGGAGCGAGUUUCAGAGAGAGCGGGACGGCGCUGUUUCGUUCUAUUGGGAAUGCACUGCUCUGAAUGUAAAUGUCAGUCCAUGGAGGCAUUACAUGGAUGUUGAUGAUGGGUUGGUUGUGAGAUUUGCUAAAAUGUUUUUCAAUUCGUGA